AUGUCACGCAAACCGCCACCGAUACCCACGCCCUCCUCGUCAUCGUCACCAGCAUCUCAGCCCUCUAUCUGGCAGGCCCCGCAAUCCCGCACACCCGUCCCUCGACCGCGGCAAGCAGUCGCCCAACCCAACUCCUCCUCCGGCUUUCACCCCCGCGAAGAUGUCUAUCGAAGAAGAGUCACCCGUCCAGACCUAGGAGAGCAAGGUCCACCUCCCGCUCCAUGGCAAAGAUAUUCUCAGCUGUUAGGAGGAGCCGCCAGCUUGGGCGCGGGGGCGUGGUUCAUCCUGUGGGCAGACUACGGAAACAGGGAGCAUUGCUUCUCUCCUGUGAGGCGGUUCCUUGGAGUGCCUAACUCUUCGAGUGGAACGGCAGGAGCCGCAGGAGCGUUGUUUGGGAGAGUAAACAUGGAGCAGAGAGAAAAGAAGAGUCUGGCCGAGGUGCUGGAAGAGGAGAAGAGGAAGAAUGAGGUGGCAGAGGGGAAGCUUGGGCGUCAGACGGAGGGAGUAGAGGGCACUGGGGUGACGAGCAAGGCUGCUGCCACUCUGAGAUGA